UCCACCGAACGCGGCUGGUUGAUUGACAGAAGAGGCGACCAAAGGCGGAUCGAUGCCGCUCCCGGAGCCCCCUAUGAGGUGCUGGGGAAGACGGGUCUUGGAGGGGGCGCUCCGAUCCUUACGCGUCUCUCCCUGGUUUCUAUAGGUCCGCUCGGUAUUUGCCGCGGUCGGAAGAGGGCGGAGUGCGUUUUGUUCACCCAAGUGAGGAGCUCCCUGACUCUUGAAAAAAAUAUAUAAAUAUAAUAACUACAAGGCUCUUUUCCCCUCCCUUCCGCGUCGUUUUGAUUCAGUGUAUGUAGCCCACACGCAGGGGGAGAACAUCCACCGCACAGCAGAACGAAGACUGAAGAGGGAUCUUCAACAUCAACAAGCUGUAGGAGGUACCUGUGAAAAGAAAAACAAGGAAUAUCUCUCUGAUUUCAUCAACAGAAGUGUGUGGGUUUCCGAAAUAUCCUACAAGUGGUGAUGCGAUGGUUUAGAGGAGCAGUUUUGGUUGAUUCUUCACAUCACGCCCGCCUGACGACGCUGUAAUAUCCUCCGCGCCUCAUCUUCAGACAGCUGUGGACGCUUUCUGCAGGGGAGAUGGCUGUUUUCCGGCUCUCGUUGCUGCUGCAUGUGGGCUUUGUGAUCGGGUCGAACCGCUUAGACGCUGACCGGUCAACUAUCGGGGCAUCACCGGCGGAAAAGAUCCCAGGCGCUCGGCUGGCGCAUCUCCGCGCACCUCGCCUUGCUCCCGGAGAGAAAUCAGAAGAUCAUCUGCCCCGGGUGGUCACGGCUUUCUUACAUACGGGGGAUUCGACCACCUUAAAGCACGCCAACUGCUCAAGAAAGUACGAGCUCACCUCUCUGAUGCGGGGAAGGUCACACGAAACCCCGCAUUACUCCAUGAGCGGCGUGCUGGAGACGGUGCUGCACGCCACUAACUUCCUUAACAUGAUCCUUCAAGCCAACAGGUCCAAGGAGCACAACCUGCGGAGGGACAUCGAGUGGUACCAUGCACUGGUGAGGAGCAUCCUGGAAGGGGACGCUAAGAUCCACCGGGCGGUGGUCACUUUUGGUGGGGAAGCGUCGCUCGCGGGGCCCCCGGUGCUCCUCCAAGCCACCAGGGCCGACGGGGAGAUUGUGCUCCAAGACCUCUCCCGCAUGGCGCACCGUCAUCUGCACAACCGCACCGCAGAUACGGAGUGGUACCACGGGAUGAAGGAAAAGAAGGAGCCUGUGUUCCACAGAAGGGUUCUGAACAUGCGAGGCAGAUCUCCAGAAAUUGCAGAGAGUUUCAUCCCGGACAGAACGCACGUCAAGUGGUCUGCGCCUUUUCUGGAGUGCGAGAAUGGGAAUUUUGUUCCCCGCUGGCUUCUGACCUUAUCAGCUGCUUUUUACGGUCUAAAGUCCAACUUGGAUCCAGAGUUCAGGGGUGUGGUGCGGGUGGACGUUAAUCUACAGGAUGUUGAUAUCGACCAGUGCUCCACUGACGGUUGGUUUGCUGGAACCCAUCGAUGCAACCUGACCACUAUGGAGUGUCUGCCCCUCCGUGGUCAUGGGUUCGUCCUGGACAAGUACCAGUGUCAGUGUAAGAGAGGAUUCUACCACCCCAACAGAGUGGCAGUCAAUGGUUUCACAAAGCCUGGGAGAAAAGGAAAAGCUGAAGAUGGUGGUCCUGGUGAAGAUGAAGGAUCCCCUAGUGACUGCUUGCCUUGCCAACAGGGCUGUACCUUCUGUAAAGACAACUCUCCCUGUGUGGCAUUAGAGGACGGUGCUCUUCGCUUGGCUGUGCUGUCCUUUCAGUGUCUCUGCAUGCUGAUUGUCUUCAUCAGCAUGGUCCUCGUGUACCACUUUCGCAGGAAUAAGAGCAUCAGAGCGUCAGGUCUCGUCCUGCUGGAGGCAAUUCUCUGUGGAGCCAUCCUUCUGUACUUCCCGGUUGGGAUUCUCUACUUCCAUCCAAGCAUUUUCCGCUGCAUCCUGCUGCGUUGGGUUCGACUUCUGGGCUUUGCCACUGUCUACGGGACACUCACUCUCAAGCUCUACAGGGUGCUGAAGGUUUUCCUAUCCCGGACAGCUCAGAGGAUCCCCUAUAUGACCAGCUGGCGAGUGAUGCGCCUGCUGGCCAUCAUCCUGCUCAUCGUCUGUUGGUUCCUGGUGGCUUGGACAUCUGCCGUCUGUCAGAACCCAGACAGGAAGUUGGCCCUCAUUGAUGUAGGCUACACGCCUGAUGGUAGUCAGUUCGGCAUGUGCCUCCUGGACCGCUGGGACUACAUGAUGGCUGUUGCUGAAUUCCUCUUCCUGCUGUGGGGCGUGUACCUUUGUUACGCCGUAAGGACCGUGCCCUCGGCGUUCCAUGAGCCUCGAUACAUGGCCAUUGCUAUACACAACGAACUUGUGCUUUCAUCUAUCUUCCAUGUAAUCAGGUUCACUCUUGCUCAUGAACUCCAUCCAGACUGGAUGCUGCUGCUGUUCUUCACUCAUACCCACCUGACUGUGACAGUUACUCUGGGUCUGCUGCUUAUUCCCAAGUUUCUGUUUGCUGGGACCCACAUGAGAGAUGAUAUAGCCUCUGAAGCCUACGAGGAUGAGCUGGACAUGGGUCGGUCUGGGUCCUACCUCAACAGCAGCAUUACUUCAGCAUGGAGCGAGCACAGUCUGGACCCUGAGGACAUUCGGACACCAGAAGAAAUGGGCCCUCUCAGUUCUAUUAAUGGCUGUGGCGUAAGGUCUUGCGACAGCCUUUGGGAAAAACGUACUAACGAGGAGUUGAAGAAAUUAUACUCCCAGCUGGAAAUUUACAAAAGAAAGAAGAUGCUUGCAAAUAAUCCUCAUCUGCAGAAGAAACGAAGCUCCAAGAAAGGUUUGGGGCGCUCACUGAUGAGGCGCAUCACUGAGAUUCCCGAAUCCGUUCAUCGGCAGUGCAGCCGGGAAGACAAAGAGUUGGGGGACCAUGGGAGUAAUCGUAACAGCAUCUGCAUGCUGAAAAAGAACCCCUUGGAUCAAAGUCAUCAAAUGAAACCAGCCAAGGAAGAGACAUUAAAGAACAAGGUCUUCUCCCUGAAGAAGUCCCACAGCAGCUACGACCAUGUUCGGGACCAGAAUGAGGAUGGUGAUAGAACUGCGACAGAGAAGAUGGAGAUGGCUAUAACCGAAGGAUCAUUACUGGACACACUCAUGGGCAAAAAGCUGGUCAAAAAGAAGUCCAGUGACAAUAUAAAUGCACCAAGUGAAUCUACAGAGUCUGUUCCAUUAGUUUGCAAGUCAGCCAGUGCCCAUAAUCUUACUGCUGAUAAGAAACCAAUUCAUCCUAGAGCAUCCAUGCUACAAAAGUCUUUGAGUGUUAUUGCCAGUGCAAAAGAGAAAACGUUGGGCUUGACUGGAAAGACGCAAAGCUCCGAGGACAGCAAUAAAAAGAGUCAGCCAAAGAGCAAAGACACGAAGAUAAGCACAGAGACAGAAGAGGACUGUCAAACAAAGAUGAUUAUCAGCCAGUCGGUUGAGUACAAACAGAGUGCAUCAAAAGGCACUAUCAUGAAGCAGCCGGUGACCAGUAGCCAGCCAACAAUCUGCUCCGAUCCAGGCAGGGGAAAAGACCUUUAUGAUGUCUCAGAAGUGUGUCCCUGGGAGUUGGAAGAUCUGCCAACUCCAUCAGAAAACAAGGUCCAAAAGCAUGUCUCAAUAGCACCCAAGGAAACUACAACUAUUCAUGGAGGCAGCACCAAAGGAAGCAAACAUCACAAGCAGAAGGCUUCUGAUCAGUCUCCAUCAAGUGGCAGGCAUUCAAAGGAGAGUCAGAAAACAACCGCUGUACGAGCUGAGGUGUGUCCUUGGGAGGAAGGAAGUGAGAGUCUCUCAGAAGGAUCAAGGCAACAAUUGUCUAGUCAGUCAAAGUCAAACAGGCCACAUUCUACUUUAGAAAGCUCCAAAACAAAGCGUACAGACAUUUGUCCAUGGGACUUUGAAGAGCAGCAAAAGACAUCAGAAAUGGCACUGUCUAAAGAAACAGCAAAGCAGAAAAAGACCACAUCCCCUGUCGAUGUUCGAGGGAGAACCUCCCUUUCAGAUACAUCCAAAAGGGCAGCAUCUUUGCACCUACCAACAACAAAAGCUGAAAUCUGUCCCUGGGACUAUGACAGUGCUGCAGUUUCACCAAACACUGACAGGACACCUAGUCCAGCACAAGCCCCCAAAUCUAAAGAAUACACCUCAAUAAAGAAAGGUACCACAUCCGACAGGACAGUUGAGAAAGAAAAGUCAAAAGACGCUGAAGACGAAAAAAGUUUAACAAAGGCUCAGGACAGAAAUAAAUCAGACAAACGUUUGAGCCAACAGAAAUUGUCUGAGGUUUGCCCAUGGGAUGCAGAGAGUCCACAGGAGGGUCUGCAGAUAGAAAAAAGGAAAAGUGCUAAUGUUGGAGCCGUCAAACCAAAGAAGGCUGAAGUUUGUCCAUGGGAUUUUGAGGACACUUCAAGUAAGAUGGGCUCUGAUAAAAGCUCUCCUUUAGAAAAGCAGAGCAAUCCAAAUCCAAAAGGUGCAGCUGCAAGUUCAGCUAAGAAAGAGGAUGUUUGCCCCUGGGAUUUUGAUGAGAGCAUAUCAAGCAAGAAGGCAUGACACUGAACAUAAAUGGACCACUUCAAUUAUAGUUAAUUUUUUUCUUUUUUUCACCUACAAAGAGUUAUAUAUUACCUUUUACUAUUUGUAUGGUAACUUGGAAGCAAAGUUAAUCCACAAGUUGCCUUCCUUUCAAAGGUUUUGUUCCAGUUUUACAUAUUUGGAAUAUGUACAAAAUGACAAAACUAAGUCAAAAAAGAGCAUUCCAGAAUAUUACAGGGAAAUUCCUGGAUAUAAAUUGUAUACCAAUUAUGCAAUCGUUUCACUUUAUAAGCAAUGUCAGACAUCAGCUUUUGCCAUCUCUGCUCUCCUUACUUUCAUUUUGCUGUCUCUUACGUUGGCUUACCCAGAUGUGACAACAUUUUGAAGAUAUUUUACAUUAGUUUACACGCAAUAUUUUCUCUCUGUUGUCACACGGAUGCAAUUUAGGUUGAAGUUUGAAACAAGGAUUUCAAAGCCAAAGAAUAGGGCAACCAUUGCAAAGGGUAUUGUUGGUCUUCAAUCUGUGCUUGGUUAUGAGUUUAUUUGUUGGACAAAAAAGGAGGAAAAUCCAUCUUUAGCACUUUAGCAAACAUCACCAAUUUACAGCUAAAUAAAAAAAUUGUCUUUCAUAUACAUUUUAUUAUUGAUUUAUUUCUUUAUUAUUGAUCUUGAUUUACAAUUUGAUCACAAGCAAUCAUACAUACAGCAUAUAUAAAUAUAUAUUUUUAGAUCUAUUUAAUUGUAGUUCUUUACAGAUUAAAAUGCUUCCAAGUCUGUAAAGAUGUACUUUAUGUGCCUAACUAUUAGCAUCGUCUUGUACCAGUCUGAAGGGAGAAAAAAAAAUUGCUUUUUUGUCUGGAUUUUGUCACAGUGAUCUAUAUUAACAGCAUGCACAGCCAGGUGCAGAGUAGCUGGACUCUACUUGUUUGUCAACUGACCAGUGCUGAUGUUUUAGCUAGCUCCCCCCAUUCAACAAUAUUUGUGCUCCUGUUUGCAUAUCCCUUAAAAGCUAAAAAAAAAAAAUGGUUGAACAGAACUGGAUUUGCCUGGAUGUGUGUCUAAAUUGCUUUUAUAUUUUUAGCAUGUUUACACAGGGAACGGAAACAGUACAGAGUGAGGUCAUUUGCACGGGUCAUACCUACAUGCACAUCACCCCUUUGCCAUUCCUCAGAUUUUUUUAUUUUGGCUUUUUUGUACAGGACUCCAUGUGUCUUCUACUAAAGGGGCAUUUUGUCCCAACCAGAUGUCGAUUCAAUUUAUACCCAACAUGGGGUCAUUUUAUACAACGACCUGCCAUAAUUAGGAAAAUUUUUGUAUUAUUUUUUAUUUUACUCUGUCUAUUAUAUGAUUAAACAUAUGAUUCCAGUCAAUAUCGGUACACCAGAGGACACCUAGCCAUUGCACUUAAGUUCCUUUGAAUUGACUGAAUGUCUUAUCCUUAUUCGUGUUUGUUUGUUUAUUACAGCUACAAUAACAACCACUAAAUGUAGCUUUAAAAACAGGUUAUAUGAUGAUCAUCACAUGUUGAUUUUCCCAUGAUGGUUUGCAGAACAGCCCGCUAUCACAAUCAGCUGGUCCAAAUAGGAUUACAACCCAGACAAAUAGGUAUAUGGAGGUAUAUGCAGUUUUCCAAUAAUGAUAUAUACUUAUUCACAGCUGGAAGGUUUUGUAACUUCCAUGAAGGUAUUUACCUUCAAUGAGAAAUAAUCUGAUAGGCAAAGGUUCAAGUAGAUGAAAAUAAAAAUGCAUUUUAUUUCAGGUAUCAAAUAGAGGCAGGAGCCAUCAGUAGCAGGAUAAAUUCUAUCAAUCAUUGCAAAUUCAUUUAUGACUUGAAGAUGUUUUAUACCCAUUUUGACAACUAAGAUUUUUGAAAUAGCUUAAUUUAACUUACCCCAUUUUCUAGUAUAUUUAAGGUAGGCGGCUUUUUGAUUUUAAUAAAUAUGUAUCAGGAAUACAUUGCCUAGAGUUAUUCUGGUUUUCUGAGUGAUCUAAUCUCUAAAAUAUUGAUUUAUUAUUUGAUUUAUCUUUGGGAUUAAUAAAGUUGGUUUUUUUUAUUAAAUUGAAAUGAGUUGAAUGAAGGCUAAAAGUACAGUUAAUUGAAUAUUUUUUUUAUUUAAUUAUUUUUUAGUGGUGCAGUGGGUAGCACUUCUGCCUUGCAGCUAGAAGG